AUGGGCAGACGUUGCAUUAUGAAGGCUAUAUCAUACUCAUGGCAUUUGUGGGAUGACCUUAGUCAUAAGGUCAUUCCACAAAUGCACAGAAGUUUGCCGUCGCGGCCUGAGCCUCAGCCUCUUGUGUGGGUUCUGGGCGUAGUGGUGGGCGUGGUGGUGGCGGUGGUUGGCCUGAUGAUGGGGCUCUGGUGGACUAAAGGGCGCCGCUCAUCUCACACGCUCAGAAAUACUGAAGACGACGUCACGAAACUGAAAAACCAGGAUCUCGCGGGUGACCUGCGAGGCCAGACUGACGGCCUCUGUAUGAACGGGGUGGUUCAGCACACGAUAUACGACGCCUCGGGACGAUACAAAGGCUUCGGUCAUCUUCAGCAAGUAUGUAAAACAUUGCUGAGGCGCAUUUCCGACCAAUGA